CCCUCAGAUAGCACAGAGUGUACUGGGGAGCAGAAGCAUUGGUACUAAAGAACGGCUGAACAGAUAACACAUUACUAUGGAUGAUUUUGAGUAUAGCAUCCAAAUCUCAGAGCUCGACUGGGACUCCUUCUUCCAAGCAUGUGAAGAGUGUGACAUUUUGCCCCCAGGUUUAGCGGGCCCGGAUGACUCAGGAAUGAGUGACAUGGAUGACAUCACAAACCAGCGAACACGGCCUGCCACACAGACCCCCUUGUAUGAUCCGGAGAUUGGAAUUGAUGGCUCGCCUAUCAGUGAAGGCUCUCCUGUGGAGCUUUACCUAAGCAAAUAUGGCUUGAGGAGCCCAGAUCAAGUUCUCUCUGGCAGUGAGGAUGACUUUCACUUGGAGGCUGUUAAUGUGUUCUUUGAGAGUUUAAAAAGUGUCUCAGUGACUGAGGAUCACACAAAUUCAGGUGGCAAAAUGGCUGGCCAUUUUGAGGGAACUGAUGUAAAAGAAAAUGUUAAAGACAUGGCAGUGUCUGUAGGAAAAGCACAGUCAUGUAGAAACCUGAUGGCACAGAGAAAUGACUGUCAUACCUAUAUAUAUACUGAGUCUACAGGUGAUGAUUUAGACCAAGAAAUACGUAAACCUUGUCCUGAAACAAAACUGUUUACCAGAGAAGAAGACUGGUCUCCGGAUGUAUUGAAAGAGGGAGAUAAAAGGGAAGCUAGGAUAUUUGAAAGGAGUCCAUCCAAUGUUAUGGUCAAUGGGAAAGAGCUAGCAGGACCAAACCAAGUCAAGGAAGCAAAUUCUCAGCUAGUAACAUGCAAUAAUUCUGACAUGUUAGUAGUUCAGGGUCAAGCUUCUAACAUUACUCCAAGAAGGCGACGAAGAAAGAAAAAGAGAAUAAGUGCAGACCUGGCGGAUAUGGAUCCAGGAAAUGAGGCUCAAUUGCCAAGCAAAGUAAGUGACUCUGAUGACGACAUGUAUGGGAGAAGAGGACAAAUGGAUCGAGACACUUAUAGUGCUGGAUACUGUGCAACUGUUUCUGAGGCAGCUUCUGCACCUCAUGACUCUAUAUCACAUCCAAAGAAAAUUUCAGAUAAUUUUUCUGUAUUUUCUCAGUUAGCCCCAAUGAAGAGAGAUAUCAGGAAGUCUACACUAGUAAGCACUAAUUUACAAAAAGAGCUCAGUAAGAGAGCAAUAACAGUUGCUCAGAGCAUGAGAGAAAUGGACAUAAUGUCUGAUAUUAAUCUGACUAAGAAACUAGGAGAAAGUGGGCAGCUUGGCAUGAGAGCAGAUCUCAAAUCUUCUGAGCCUGGUGUGUUUGUUACAGAGACACUUCAAAAUGAUGAUCAUCUAUCAGCACACACUCGUAGAGAUAAUGUAGGAAAUCCUUUACAGCUUAACAACCAUUUGCCAUCAGAAAUGCUAGUAUCUAUUGCCCCCUCUAAUGUAUCAAAGAAUGGGAGAAAGCCUGAAAGCACAGAAGAUCUUCCUAAAUUAUCAGGCUCAGAUCAAAAAAAUAAUGUCAAGUUACAAACAAAUACUGUAGGAUUACAAGUAGCACCUUUGAUACCAUCGCACAAUGUUGUUUACUCAGUGUUACCACAGAAUCAAUUUGAAGAUAGAGUGACGUUAUCAGACUUUCAGUUUGAUGGGUCUAGUGCAGUAGGUCGGAGGAAAACCUCAAUUUCCUGUGUAACACUUCCUGAGUUAACAGACAAGACUCUUUUCUCAGCAUCGUACAAAAACAGUGAAAAGAAAGAGAAUUUACCUUCUGUUUUUCAAGAUGAAGUCUCUUAUGAACGCAAAACUGAUGAUUUGCAAGGUAAGGGUUGUCUGUCAGAAACAGCUCAUUUCCAGUCAUUGAUGUGUGAACAUGUAAAUAAGGCCCAAAUAAGUCACCAGAAUGGUCACACAAGAAAAAUUAUUCCAGCCCAAAUAUCAAAGGCAGAUGAAAUCAAGGAUGCUUUAUUAGUUGAACCAAAAGCAGAAAUUAUAAACCAAAACCUGGGAAAAAUGCCCGGCAAUUCGAACACAUCUUUAAGUUCACAAAGUGAAGAAUUUCCAGAAGAGAACUCCCAGUGUUUAAGAUUAAAGAAUGUAGUUGAGAGCAUUAAUGUAAAUUCUUUUGAACUUCUGACCCAUGGCAUCAAAGAGGACAGAAAUGAGCAACUGUUUCUUAUGGGGCAAACCAAAGAAUGCAAGCCUCUGAGACACACCACAGAACCAGACAGUCAACUUUCAGAUGACUCAAAAUUAGAACCCACCCUGUCUCAUAUUCUUACCAGUGAAGAACAAAAAGAUCAAACUGAAGACCAUGACCUGUCACCCACUAUAGCUGUACAGCAUCCACCAUGUUCUCCUCCUCUUGAGUCAACAGAGUCUAGUAAAAGUCUAGAAAAUUUAUAUCCUGAUUCUGUAAGUCAACCCACACCUCCUAUAUAUGCUAUAUCUUCAUUCUGGAACGAAAUGGAAAAGCUUACCAUAAAUGAUAUUUUGCGACUCCGUCUGGUUGGCCAGGCUCAUCACCCCGGUGUGCUACUCCAGCCAGGAGAGAGCAGUAUUGCAGAGGGGUCUAAUGCAGCAGAUUCAGGGUACUUAACACACACAGACGAAUCAAAGUCUGACCAAUUUAGUGAGAAUAUCUCAUUCACAUCUGAUUUUGAUGGAGAGCUAUCUUCAGAUACAGCCAAACUAGAUGAGGGGGCACAAGAGUCUUCUAAAACAACAGGCAUUAUUUGGGAAAGUGACCCAAAUCUGUCUGGAACUACAAUUGAAAUGGAAGAUGUGAAUAAUUUGAACACAGCCAAUACAUCGCCUCUUUUUAGAAAUAAUUCCAAUCAUUGCUUCAGGAAGAUGUGUAAAAAUAUUAGUGUCCAGAACUUGCAAGCUCUUGAAGGCCAAAACCUUGGAAAAAAAGAAAUGAGGAAUUUUUCUGUCCACUCCACCAAUUCUGCUUACCCCACACACUUUGAAGUUGAGGAUGACAAUGUAGAUCCUUUCAAUCAAGUUGAAACGUCAUCCCCAGUUUAUCUCUCUGAUGAGGAGGAGGAGCUAGACAGCCCUGGCAUCACUUUCUCAGAGAUCUUUGAGUAUCUGUUUGGUACGGAUGAAUCAAAACAACCUGCCUCUGAGGCUGUCCCUGUAACAGCUUCUAAUGUCAGUGAUAGUGGGACCUCUGUCCUUGAGAUGUAUGAACAUUUCUUUUCAGAAUUUGAGCCUGAAAGUUUAUUUUACCCACUUGCGAGUAACCACAGUAGUACUACUGAUGACUUAGUUCCUAUCUUCUCCUCCUCACGCUCAGCAACCAGGAAUGUAGAGUUCCCUGAUGCGUAUGAUUACUUUUUCCCAGAUUCACCUGUUCACUCAGAUGAAGAUGAAGAACCUGAGCAUGCAGUUAUACGCGUGGUCACGCGAUAUGAUCGCAUGCCAUCUGAGAACCAUAAUUCUGUGGCAGCCUCAGACCCAUAUGAACACUUUUUACCUGAGAAAGGUAAAGGUUGGAACUUCAUGUGGACAAACCCUUUUUCUUUCAGAAAAUGCUUUAAAGGUUUCACAGGGCCACCUGAGGGGUCCAGUGCUCAGGCUCUGACUCCUGUAAAACAUUCUAGUAGGACAUUACAUGGAGGAAUUCAAGCUAUAAACAUAUUAGCUGCUGAUGGGAGCCCAUUUCCAGACCCGCUGAUUUUCAGCCUGGAGAACCGCAUCUUCAGACAGCUGGUAGACCAGCAGAAGAUAUGUGCAGAACUGCAAACAGCUGUUGCUGAUCCAAGGCUGGAUGCACCACUUUUGCCCAUUAAACAGGCAGAUAUGUGCCUGGUUUGCAUUGCCUUUGCCUCAUGGGUCCUAAAGUCGGUCAACCCUCAAGGAUCUGAUUCAUGGAAAGCUGUUCUGUUGGCAAAUGUAAGUGCUAUCUCUGCCAUCCGAUACCUACGGAGAUUCACGAGGGAUGAGGCGACAAAGAUAUCUCCACUGCGUCAGAUCAAGCCUGCGUAAACCUGACCACAGGCCUCUGAGUGUUGCCAGGUCACCUUUCAGUCAGUCACUCCUCUUUCCUAUGUAACCCAACCCAAAGCCAAUAAUACAUAUACGCUGUGUAUGCAAAAAUAUCAUGUGAUUAAUUAAUAGCCUAUAUCUAAAGGGUGCUCGUUGGACCAAGACAACGGGCAUUAGCUUUCAUAUCCUUCAAGGAACACAUCAUAACCUUGCAGUAUAAUAUAAAAUGACCAAACCUUAAGAUUUCAUGAGUAGUGCAAUACAGUUUUGCAAAAAGAGCCAGGUAAGUUUUUAAUUGUUAGUUAAUGAAAAUAGGUUCUUUUAAACUGACCAAUCCUGUGGUAAAAUGUAUACUAUAAAUUAUAGUCAAAGCAACUGAAUUUGGUAGAAUAUAACAAUAUAACAAUAUAAUAAGGUAAGUGAGUUAGGAAAGUUGUACAAUGGCUCUUAAAAGUGAAUUAAAUUAAAUGAAGGCAAAGCUUAAAUCUGGGUCCAAGCACAAAAAUAAAAAAAAAUGCUUUCAGUUGUGCCACAUUGUACACAGCUACAUUUAAACGAUAUAAUUUAAAUUAGUUUUAAUCUCUAUAGUCGUUGAAUAAAGUUUCUUAUGGAGCAAAUACAGCUAUGUGAUAUAAAUACAUGUAUUACAGUAUACACUGUAUACAGUAAUACAUGUGAUAUGUAUUACUGUUUAAG